AUGAACUUCGGCCACCUCUCUCUUCUGUUCAAGGUUCCUAUUUUCCCCAGUUAUGACCCCGUGAGUCACGAAAACUUCUACUCGGUGAGGAAAAUAACAAGAUAUGUCAAGGAUAUCCUCCCAAUCCAUUCGCAUAACGAUUACACGAGGAGUAUUCCGUUAUUUUAUGCCGUUAAAAAUGGAUGUAAGAGCUUUGAGGCGGACGUUUGGCUCAGGGAUGAGAGACGGAGCCGGCCAGACUCAGACUAUGUGGCUCUCCUUUCAGGAAAACCUCCUGCUGUCCACACUAGCCUAGGAGAUGGCCAAGAGUUGUAUGUGGGUCACCACAGCACCAACUUGAACAAGUAUGAGACGUUGGAUUCGCUCUAUUUGGAUCAUUUGAUGUAUAUGUUGGACGAAAUGAAUGUGGACGGCAAUGACACGGAGAGACAAAGAGGUAUCUACGUGAACCUUCCACAAGAAACGGUUUUUCUCGUUGUCGAUUUCAAGACCCACGCCAACCCCACUUUUGGUGUUUUGAGAGAAAAGUUACAGCGCUUUAUCACGAAGGGAUAUUUGAGCUAUUAUGAUUUUACCAGCGAUACGUUCGUGGAAGGUCCCUUGACGGUGAUCAUCUCGGGGUUCACCCCUAGCACGGAUUUCCUUGAAUACCGCGCGAA